UUCAAAGCUCGCGCGAUAGCGUAAUUCCGAUUUCUCGGAGGCUGUCCGCUUAGUGGACAGGUAAAAAAAUUCCUGUUGAAUGCCAGGUGAAAUGUCAGUCGAUGCACCCACGUGAUUCCGCGUUGACUCGGUUAGCCGGCUGUUCUCGUGUACGCGAUACUAAAAAGCUGUUCGUGCCACUUGACGCAUUCGUAUCUGUCGGUCGCGGUGUCGAUUAAACGGUGCCGAACAAUAUUUGAUCCCGCGCGAUCAAGCAAACACCGUUAGAUCGUGAUCGUCGACGAAACGUUCACGUGGUCAUCGCGAAAAGUCGUCCGAGAGUUCGAGGAACGCGAAACACUAGCAGAGACGAUGGACGAGUGGUUCUGCGAUCGCGAGACCCUCAAGUACGAUGAAGCUUGUAUCAAUCUACGAACCGACCACGAAGAUUCCAACGUCUGGCUCUAUUUGCUCUCGACCGAUUGCGCCCUGUGUCCGUAUACCAGAAUCAAGCAAAUUAUAGCGAAUUCUACCUCCAGUGUAAUAAUCGAUACAGUCAGACCUACAACGUUUAGGAUAUUCGAUGCCGUAGAUCCUGAUGAAUUCGUAACUGCUAAAAAUACGAGUAACGUGAUCUGUGAGUUAACACCGAAUUUGGGACAAUUCGGUAUAUACGAGUUGACGGUCCAAAAUCGAAGUUGCGAUAUAAAGGUUUUGAACGAACCAACUUCUCCUUAUACAGAAUUUUUCGUUAUUUUGGGAGUUCUGGUGCUCUUUCUGUUUGGCCUGUCCGGUUUGAAGUCACUAUGGCACGCUUGCAGAAAGAAAUGUACGCGACGUCAGGUGGACGAUACUGCGAUGAGGCAACCUGUGAAACGUCGAGUGAAAGCAAUCGACACUGUUCGGGGGGCUAGCACUCUAUUAAUGAUAUUCGUUAACGAUGGAUCCGGUGGUUAUAGAACUUUGGGCCAUGCCACUUGGAAUGGCUUACUCUUAGGGGAUUUAGUGUUCCCUUGUUUUAUAUGGAUCAUGGGGGUAUGCAUCCCCAUAGCGUUGGGCAGUCAGUUAAAGCGAAUGGUGCCGAAACAUGUCAUACUAUACGGUAUCGUUAAGAGAAGUAUUCUCCUGUUCUUAAUCGGAGUAUCCCUAAACACGGUGAGCAUCGGUCCUCAGCUAGAAAACAUCCGGAUAUUCGGUGUUCUUCAACGUUUCGGUGUAACUUACUUUAUGGUUUCUCUGACAUACCUUUUCUUGAUGCUCAAAAGACCAACAAAGUCUCCGAUGUUACGAGAUGUGCAAGAUUUUUUCCUCUUACUACCUCAGUGCUGUGUGAUGGCAGUCAUCGUGGCUGUUCAUUGCAUCGUCACAUUUUGCUUACCUGUUCCUGGCUGUCCCACUGGAUAUCUGGGUCCUGGUGGUCUUCACGAUGAUGCAAAAUAUUUUGACUGCGUUGGAGGAGCAGCCGGUUAUAUCGAUAGAUUGGUACUCAAGGAACAACAUUUGCAUCAUUCGAUGACUGUUUAUCAGUCGGGACCAUUUGAUCCAGAAGGGAUUUUGGGUUGUCUUACAUCGACGUUCCACGUUUUCCUCGGUCUACAUGCUGGCAUAAUUAUGAUGUCUUACAAAGACUGGAAAGAACGUGUUGUGAGAUGGUUGGCGUGGGCUGCGCUUUUCGGCUGCAUCGGAUGCGCUCUCCACUUCACCAACGUGAUUCCCGUCAAUAAAAAGUUAUGGUCGCUGUCGUUCGUGUUCGUAACGACAUCCUUCGCUCUCGCUUUCCUCUCCGCCUGUUAUUUGCUCGUGGACGUGCUUAAGGUGUGGAAAGGAGGCCCUUUCCGAAUCCCUGGUAUGAACGGUUUGUUGCUGUAUGUUGGCCACAUGACAUGUUAUCAAAAUUUCCCUUUCCAUUGGAGCAUCGGAAGCAUGAACAGUCGAGGUCUACGUUUAUGCGAGGCGAUUUGGGGAGUUGCAUUGUGGACUAUCAUUGCAUACAUUAUGCACAAGAAGCGAACUUACAUCAGCCUUUGA